AUGGAUUACUUUGCUGUUAUCCUUGUUCUUGCUGUUGUUGUUUCUGGUGGACAAGCAGGAAUCAUCAAGAGAAACAACGGCAACCAGGAACAGAUGUGUGCAAGUAACUGUUUCGGAACUCGAAAAUUCAAUUAUGAAGUUGGUUCUUCCUAUGAAUAUGAUUACAAUGCACAGACCACGACGAAGAUGAAUGGAGCGUCCCAUGGAGGGGCUAGCUUUUCGUUGAAUGCCAGAGUCGUAUUUGAACCUGUGACAAAAUGUGACAUGGUUAUGAUGCUCAAUAAUGUCCGGAUCACCAACAUGGACUAUUCUUCUGAAGGUCGACAGUUCACCGACGCCCUCAUGAAGCAGCCCUUGAGGUUCUCGUUCCAGGACGGCAAGAUCGAAGAAGUUUGUCCGAUGUCAGAGGAACCAACAUGGGUCCUUAACAUCAAACGUGGUAUUCUGUCAGCUUUCCAAAACUCCAUGGACGAUCUGGACAGAGAUACUGAUGUUGUAGGCAAGUGUUCAACUGCGUACAAAGUGGAGAACAACUACAUGAGUACUAGGACCAUCCAUAAGAGCAAAGACCUCCUCACUUGCAGUCACCGAGAGUACUACCGCAUUGCCAUGCAUUCAGUCAAAUACAAUGUCCACUCUAAGGUACAAUCCAUGCCUCUAAUGAAGAGCUACCACAAUUGCGUCCAGACACUGGACACGUCCAGCAAUAUUCUGACCAGCAGCGAAUGUACUGAAGAAAACAUAUUCAGGCCGUUCUCGAAUGGCAAGAGUGGUGCCAUGACAGAGCAGACGCAGAAGUUGACUUUCAGACAGAAGAGUUCGUCAAAUCAUCGACAGACAGAGCGCUUCAGCCACAGAAGUGAUUUACUGUUCGACCACAAAAAGAAAAUGCAUUCAGACCAAUUCUCCACACAGGAGAUUCUGAGUGUCUUUGAGGAACUCUGCGACAAAAUGAGUGAAGACAUAAGGCCCGAACUGCCGAAAAUGCUCAACAACUUGAUCGACCUCAUGAAAAGUGUUGAUUAUGCGACUCUUCGCAAAAUUUACAGUGGCAUUUCAAAAGAAAGUUUCUGUCGGAAAAAUUCAGACCGCACCAAGAGAUAUUUCCGUGACUCUCUACCAAUGUUAGGAAACGUGGCAUCCGUGAAGAUGUUCCAAUAUCUGACUUCAAUAAAUCAAUUCGAAGAUGAAGACAUGGUUAUGUUUCUAGCAGUCCUUUCGGUCACCCAGAACCCAUCGAAGGAAAUGGUCCAAGCAGUCACCCCCCUCUUGGAUAACAAGAAUAUCUCUCACACCGUCAUGCUGUCCGUUUCAUCUAUGGCUGCUAGCUAUUGUAACAAGAAUCCAAAAUGCGAUGAAGAUUUCGAAAUUGAUGCUCUUAUCCAGAAAUACAUGUCAUUUGUUGGCAAUUGUGACAAAGCUGCUAAUCCGAAUGUAAUCCAGGCUCUUCGGUCUCUUGGUAAUAUUGGUUAUUCAAUAUUCAUCAUUCAUGUAUUGUCUACGAUUCGUAUUUCGCAGCCCCUCUUGGAUAACAAAAAAAUCGCUCACAAAGUCAUGCUGUCCGUUUCAUCUAUGGCUGCUAGCUAUUGUAACAAGAAUCCAAAAUGCGAUGAAGAUUUCGAAAUUGAUGCUCUUAUCCAGAAAUACAUGUCAUUUGUUGGCAAUUGUGACAAAGCUGCUAAUCCGCAUGUAAUCCAGGCUCUUCGGUCUCUUGGCAAUAUUGGUUAUUCAAGUAAGGCUGAACGCACUUUAUCCCAAUGUGUGACAACAACCAGCUUUCCAAUGGAGGUUAGAGUGUCAGCCAUCGAUGCCUUCCGUCGUAUACCUUGUGAUGCAAGGAAUCAAACCCCACACAAGUUUGACCACUAA